GAGUCCAAAAUGGCGGCUCUCAGGCUGGCGCGCUCCUUGCUGCUGGGGUUUUGAGGUGGUUGCCCGGGGUCUGGGGGACGCUUUCCCCGCCGCGGGGGCCCUAAAGGAUGAAUCGAGAACUCUGCUAAGGUCAGGCGGCGGGGCUGGAGAGAAGUGGCAGCAAGGGCUGCGGUGGCGUCCACACACCGGGAUGUGCGAGAGUUACUCCAGGUCGUUGUUGAGGGUCUCGGUGGCGCAGAUCUGCCAGGCGCUGGGCUGGGACUCGGUGCAGCUCAGCGCCUGCCACCUCCUCACGGACGUGCUGCAGCGCUAUCUGCAGCAGCUGGGCCGGGGCUGCCAUCGGUACUCUGAGCUCUAUGGCCGAACAGACCCAAUUUUGGACGAUGUUGGUGAAGCUUUCCAACUUAUGGGGGUUAGUCUACAUGAACUAGAAGACUAUAUUCACAACAUUGAACCUGUCACUUUCCCACAUCAAAUCCCCUCAUUUCCUGUUAGCAAGAACAAUGUACUGCAGUUUCCUCAACCUGGAAGUAAAGAUGCCGAGGAAAGAAAAGAAUACAUUCCUGAUUACAUGCCACCCAUUGUGUCUUCUCAAGAAGAGGAAGAAGAAGAGCAGGUACCCACUGAUGGAGGCACAUCAGCAGAAGCCAUGCAAGUUCCCCUGGAAGAAGAUGAUGAACUGGAGGAGGAGGAAAUUAUUAAUGAUGAGAAUUUCUUGGGUAAAAGACCAUUGGAUAGUCCUGAAGCUGAAGAAAUGCCGGCCAUGAAGCGACCGCGACUGUUAAGCACGAAAGGAGACAACUUAGAUAUAGUAUUAUUGGAAGCUCGAGAACCACUCAGCUCAAUAAAUCCUCAAAAGAUUCCACCAAUGCUUUCUCCAGUUCAUGUACAGGACAAUACAGACUUAGCACCUCCUUCACCAGAGCCACCAAUGUUGGCUCCAGUUGCAAAAUCACAAAUGCCAACUGCAAAACCAUUAGAAGCAAAGUCUUUUACUCCUAAAACUAAGACUAAAACAAGUUCUCCAGGGCAGAAGACUAAGUCACCUAAAACCACCCAGUCCCCAGCAAUGGUUGGAAGUCCUAUUCGGUCACCAAAAACUAUAUCCAAAGAAAAGAAAUCACCUGGACGUUCUAAGAGCCCCAAGAGCCCCAAGAGCCCCAAGGUUAUGACUCAUAUUCCCCAACCACCUGUCAGACCUGAAACACCAAAUAGGACUCCUUCAGCUACAAUAAGUGAAAAAAUCAAUAAAGAGACCAUUCAGGUGAAACAAGCACAAACACCCCCCGAUGCUGGGAAACUGAACAGUGAGAUUCAGCCGAAAAAGGCUGUUGUCACAGAUAAAACAAUUGAUGACUCUAUUGAUGCUGUGAUUGCACGAGCCUGUGCUGAACGAGAGCCAGAUCCUUUUGAAUUUUCUUCUGGAUCAGAAUCCGAAGGAGAUAUUUUUACCAGCCCUAAGAGAAUUUCAGGUUCGGAGUGUGCCACUCCAAAAGCUUCUACUUCCUCAAACAAUUUCACGAAGUCAGGAUCCACUCCUCUGCCUCUUUCUGGUGGAACCUCAAGUUCUGAUAACUCAUGGACAAUGGACGCCUCGAUUGAUGAGGUUGUGCGUAAAGCAAAGAUGGGAACACCGGCAAAUAUGCCUCCCAACUUUACUUACACCUCUUCCCCUUCAGUUUCUCCUCCCACUCCCGAACCUCUCCACAAGGUAUAUGAGGAGAAACCCAAACUGCCUUCCUCAGUGGAGGUAAAGAAGAAGUUGAAAAAGGAACUAAAGACUAAAAUGAAAAAGAAAGAAAAGCAGAGAGAUAAGGAGAGGGAGAAAGACAAAAGCAAGGAAAAAAAUAAAGAGAAGGAGAAAGUGAAGGAGAAAGAGAAGGAAAAGGAAGCCAGCAAAGAAGCAAAGUAUCCGUGGAAGGAAUUUCUUAAAGAUGAAGACUCAGAUCCCUAUAAGUUUAAAAUAAAAGAAUUUGAAGAAGUUGAUUCAAAAGUGAGAUUGAAAGAUGGAAUUGUGAGGAAGGAGAAAGAGAAACAUAAAGAUAAGAAGAAAGACAGAGAAAAAGGCAAAAAAGAUAAAGAUAAGAGAGAAAAAGAAAAAGGUAAAGAUAAAGGCAGAGACGAUAAGAUGAAAGCCCCACCGACCCCACUGGUGUUGCCCCCCAAAGAAAUGGCCUUGCCCUUAUUCAGCCCUGCUGCAGCCGUGAGGGUCCCAUCCAUGCUACCUUCUUUGUCACCAAUGCUUCCAGAAAAACUGUUCGAGGAAAAAGAGAAACCUAAGGAGAAAGAGAGGAAAAAAGACAAAAAGGAGAAGAAGAAAAAGAGAGAGAAAGAGAAGGAAAAGGAGAAGAAAGAGAAGGAAAGAGAGAAAGAGAAAAAAGAGAGAGAGAAGAGAGAAAAAGAGAAGGAGAAACACAAACACGAAAAAAUAAAAGUGGAACCAGUCGUUCCAGCCCCAAGUCCAGUUAUCCCCAGGUUGACUCUCCGAGUUGGUGCUGGCCAAGACAAGAUUGUCAUCAGCAAAGUUGUUCCAACCCCCGAGGCUAAGCCGAGCCCUUCUCUGAACAGACCUAAAACCCCACCACCAGCCCCCGCCCCUGUACCUGUGCACGUGAACCCCACCCCCGUGCCAUUACCACUCCUCACCCAGGCCACUGCAUGCCCAGCUCUGAUGCCUUCUCCAGCCCCCGCCAUGUCCGGAGCAGGAAGCUCCAAAGCUCCCGUGCGCAGCGUGGUGACAGAGACGGUCAGCACUUACGUGAUCCGAGACGAGUGGGGCAAUAAGAUCUGGAUCUGUCCUGGGUGUAACAAACCUGACGACGGAAGCCCCAUGAUUGGCUGUGACGACUGCGAUGGCUGGUACCACUGGCCCUGUGUUGGAGUAAUGGCUGCACCGCCAGAGGAAAUGCAGUGGUUUUGUCCCAAAUGUGCCAACAAGAAGAAAGAUAAGAAGCACAAGAAGAGGAAGCACCGUGCGCACUGACGUCUCGACGUGGCCUGGACUGAGAGUGUCAGCUCGGGCUUUCGCCCCAGCGCCUGCGGAGGGCAGCUGGUGCAACUGUGCCAUCACAUCCACCCCCAAAUUCCAGUGGACCAUGAACCUGGGAAGGCCGAGGACAAGAACACACCAUCCCCUCUGGAUUUUUCCCUUCUGAAACACACUAGCCUGUGGCUCCGCGACGGUGUGAUUGAAGAGAAACUCCGAGGCGUGGCCCAAGGGCUGCCCACCUCCAUUUUUCUAUUACCAGUGACAAGUAUUAUUAAUAAAAAAAAGACCGUACAUCUUCCCUUUUGAUUUCCUUUAUUCUCUCCAGGGCCUUUUCAUUAAGGUAUUAGAUGAGAAGAUAUGUGCAAACUGCCUUGACUGUAAUUUAAGGAUGAUAUCAUUAGUCUGUAUACAGUUUUCAACUCCUUUCCCUCUAGAGUAAGAUAAUCAUAAUAACAUAAAAGAAAACUCCAAUUGGAGUGCUGGUAAAUAUUUUUGUGAUGAGAAUAUAUGAAGCUUCCCCCACCCCAAUCCCCCGUUUUUAGUACUAACAUGUAAAAUGUUCAGGCUUUUGUGAAAUACCUUAUAUUUUUUAAGAAAAAGGUUUCUAUCAUGUCCUGUUUGCUUUUGUGCAAAUUAUUUUUGUUUACUCUAACGUAUUUUAUAUCUUUGUUGCAUUCUAAUUUUGCCCUUCUUUAAACUGCUGGCGUCUCUUCUCACUCACUGCUUGUAUAUUUCAUCAACUUGUAUAAAAACUCUUCAUACUAAAAGGUUUCCCCCUAAUGUAAAUAAUAAAUAUUUAUGAAGUAGUUAUUUUUAAAAAUUUUUAUCGUGUUUAAUUCUGGCUUUCUCUGAAAUCCACAGUGAUUUCGGCCAUGUCUGUAAUUACUACUGUCCACAAGCAAAGGAGGUAGGGAGAAAGAGCCCUCCUUCAAAGUCAUUGACCUUGAGCUGAGCCUGUGCAGUGCCCAAAAGCAUGGUGGGGGGAAAAGGACCCGAGCAGUUGGAAGGAAAACAAGGCAAUUUAAAUCUGUAGUUUAUGAUUUGAAAUUGUUUUGUUUGUUAUCUACUUUGUUUCUGUAAAAUUUUUUGACUGACUUUUAUGAAAAGGACAUGUAGGUUCCAUGAAAGUUAAAAAAAAAAAAAGACAAAACAUAUACUGUAGCAUUUUGUGUUUAUAUUGUUUUAUUUCUACAAAUCUGUUCAUUGAUAUUGUGCUUUACGGCUGAAAUGAAGUAUAUUAUGAAUUUUUUAAAGAAAACAUCAAAUUUCAGGGUAUCACAAAACUUUAUUAUAUUACUAUACUGCCCACUAUUUAUUAUAUGUUAUAGAUGUCUGAAAAGUAAACCAAAUAUUUUAUUUUUAAUGUAAAAACAUCAAAUUUAACUUUAUUAGCCUAUUUUAGCAGCUUUGGAAUAAAUAUAGAGUUUUACUUGAUUUUGAAAUAACCCCAACAUGGGCCCUUGUGAUGGGUUUCUUGAAUGCUAGGAUAUGGGCUUUGAACCUAAUACAGGUAUAUCAUUAGAAAAUGUGAUUUUUUUAUUGCCAAACAAAUUGAUACUAGUGUAUGAAUUAGUCAUAUUUUAAAACAUAUUAUGUGGUUAGAGAAAUGCAACUUUCUGCCAGAAAUGUUAAAUUUGCUAAUCAGUGGAAAUGGAGUAUCUCUUUUAAGAGUACAGGAUAUCAUUGCCCUCCUUACUCUACAGGCCAAAGUUUUUCUAUCCCUGCAAGGAAAAAAAAAAAAACAAGAACAACAACAACAAAACAUCUGUGUUGAAAUAUAUGUUUUUGUUUUAUUAAUUGGAGAUCAUUCUAAAUACUUUAUACAAUAUUUUCACAUGCACAAAUAUACCCAUUAGUGCUUUUUGGAGAGGGAUGAGGGGUGGGGGAAGUACAAAAUAAAGAUUAUUGGCUGUUUCAUA